AUGGGGAGGGGACGAGUUGAGCUGAAGCGGAUCGAGAACAAGAUCAACCGCCAGGUCACCUUCUCCAAGCGCCGCAACGGCCUGCUUAAGAAGGCCUACGAGCUCUCCGUGCUCUGCGACGCCGAGGUCGCGCUCAUCAUCUUCUCCAGCCGCGGCAAGCUCUACGAGUUCGGCAGCGCCGGCAUAACUAAAACAUUAGAAAGGUAUCAACAUUGCUGCUACAAUGCUCAAGAUUCCAAUGGUGCACUCUCUGAAACUCAGAGCUGGUACCAAGAAAUGUCAAAACUAAGGGCAAAAUUUGAGGCCUUGCAGCGCACUCAGAGGCACUUGCUUGGGGAGGACCUUGGCCCACUGAGUGUGAAGGAAUUGCAGCAGCUAGAGAAACAACUAGAAUGUGCUUUGUCACAGGCAAGACAGAGAAAGACACAACUUAUGAUGGAGCAAGUGGAAGAGCUUCGCAGAAAGGAGCGUCACCUGGGAGAAAUGAACAGGCAACUCAAACACAAGCUUGAAGCUGAAGGUUCUAGCAACUACAGAACCUUGCAGCAUGACGCAUGGCCGGCUCCCGGCGGCACCAUCGUGGAGCAUGACGGCGCCACCUAUCAUGUGCAUCCACCUGCUCACUCAGUUGCUAUAGACUGUGAACCCACUCUGCAAAUCGGGUACCCUCAUCACCAGUUUCUGCCUUCUGAGGCAGCCAAUAAUAUUCCAAGGAGCGCCCCUGGAGGCGAGAAUAGCAACUUCAUGCUGGGAUGGGUUCUUUGA